AAUGGAUCGCUUGCACGAGCACAGACCCGGAAGCUAACCCAGACCGGCGCACCAAACUGAGACGCUAACCCAAGUAACCCAACACACCCAGAUCGAUGGGCGCUGCAUCGCCGGACUCCGGCGACCUCAUCCUGGUGGAGCCGGCGAGGCCAGGGUCCCCGGUCGCCGUGGUUACAAUCAACCGGCCCGCGGCGCUGAACGCGCUGACGCGGCCGAUGAUGAUCUCCCUGGCCGCGGCAUUCCGGCGGCUGGGCGCCGACGACGGCGUGGCGGCGGUGGUGCUCGCGGCCCGGGGCCGCGCGUUCUGCUCCGGGGUGGACCUGACGGCGGCGGAGGAGGUGUUCAAGGGCGACGUGAAGGACCCCGCCGCCAACCCCGUCGCGCAGAUGGAGCUCUGCCGCAAGCCCAUCGUCGGCGCCGUCGCGGGGUUCGCCGUCACGGCCGGUUUCGAGAUCGCCCUCGCUUGCGACAUCCUCGUCGCCGGCCGCUCCGCCAAGUUCCUCGACACCCACGCCAAGUUUGGGAUAUUUCCUUCCUGGGGUCUUUCGCAGAAGCUUUCUCGUGUCAUUGGGCCAAAUAGAGCACGGGAAGUGUCACUAACCUGCAUGCCCGUCACUGCUGAAAUGGCGGAGAAGUGGGGGCUUGUUAACCAUGUUGUGGAUGACAAUCAGGUGCUGGGUAAGGCAAUAGAGGUUGCUGAGGCCAUUGCGAGGAACAACCACAACUUAGUUGUGUUGUACAAAUCGAUUAUAAAUGAUGGGCUCCAGUUGGACUUGGAACAUGCUCGAUCUCUUGAGAAGGAGAGAGCUCACAACUAUUACAAUGGCAUGACAAAGGAGCAAUUCACGAAUAUGCAGAAAUUCAUUCAGGGCCGGAGUUCUAAAGCACCAUCAAAGCUGUAGACGCCAUGCUGUGUCUAUCACUGAACGGUCCAUGUACUAUAUAGGGCUGCUGAAAGUGUGUUUAAUAAUGUGAAAAACAAACCAUGCCUGUGUGACAUAUACAGAGAGGGUGGCAUCUCAUGUGUACGGGAAAGCCGCGUUCUUUUACGUAUGAAGGUUCUGAUCAGGGCUCACCACGGUCUAAACAUGUGUUGUAAUUAGCUGCCAACAUCUGUUGAUUUCUCUUGUCUCCUUGUGAUGCUAAAAACGGUUGGUCGCUGGGUUAUGUUGUA